CUUCAAUUGAAACAAGAAACAAAGCUUUAACCUCACCUCAACCAACCUUCGUUUUCCGAUUACAGACCCUUUUUUAAUCCCCCAAGUUACUUACCAAUAGAGAAGAAAGUUUAACUCUUACCUUUGGCAAACCAUGGACGAAGCCGCACAAGCUUUCUGUAACAUACAAACUCAAAAAAAAAAAAAAAAAAAAAAAAAAAAAUCCACCGAACACUCCCAAAAUGGACCAAAACAACAACCAGCAGCCGCAUUCCUCCGCCUACCCUCCUCCUCCUCCUCCGUCCGCCGCCGCCGCCGCCUCCGGAGGCAUCGUCCCCUCAGCCGCCGCAGCAGCCGGAGGAACCCCCUACCACCACCUCCUCCAGCAACAGCAGCAGCAGCUGCAGAUGUUCUGGUCGUACCAGCGUCAGGAGAUCGAGCAGGUCAACGAUUUCAAAAACCACCAGCUCCCUCUCGCUCGGAUCAAGAAAAUUAUGAAGGCCGACGAGGAUGUUCGCAUGAUCUCCGCCGAGGCACCGAUCCUCUUCGCCAAGGCCUGCGAACUCUUCAUCCUCGAGCUCACGAUCCGAUCCUGGCUCCACGCCGAGGAGAACAAGCGUCGCACCCUCCAGAAAAACGAUAUCGCCGCGGCGAUCACGAGGACCGACAUCUUCGAUUUCCUCGUCGAUAUCGUUCCCAGGGACGAGAUCAAGGACGAGGCCGCGCUCGGCGGGAUGGUAACACCGACCGCGAGCGGGGUGCCGUACUAUUACCCCCCGAUGGGUCAGCCGACGGUGGGUCCGGGCGGGAUGAUGAUCGGGAGGCCUGCCGUGGAUCCCACCGGAGUUUAUGUGCAACCGCCGUCCCAGGCAUGGCAGAGCGUUUGGCAGAAUUCGGCCGACGAGGUUUCGUACGGUAGCGGAGGAACCAGCGGCCAGGGGAAUCUCGAAGGCCAAGGCUGAUCAUGAGGAUUUCAGAUGCCUGAGGUCUCGCCGCCAGGUGCUGCUGUUGAAGACAGUGGAGUUCAGUCGACGCUUCCUUGAUUUUGCAUGCAUCUGAUUUAUGUCUGCUUUUUAAUUUAAGGGCUUACUUGAAAGAAAAAAAAGCAAAAGAAAAAAAAAACUCGUCUUCUGCUCUGUUACCUUAUAAGUUAAUGCAGCUAAAACCAUAAUGGCUGCGACUCGCCUAACUAUAUAUCUAAUGUGCAGUUCCCAGUUUCCGCUCCUUUUCUCCCAUGCUCAUAGUUUAUUUCUAGCCAUUUGCUUCUUGCCUUCUUGGUCUGAUUACAUCUGAUAAGUUGCAGUUUGAACCAAGAGGACUUGUCCAGCUUUGGUUCUUACUGAUGAGGUAUCAGUCAUGAACCUGUGAAUCAUCUGUUAUUUGCCUUGUGACCCGCUGUGUUAAGUAAGAAAGUUUAAGUUGUUAUUUUAAGUUACAGUAUUUUACUGGUACAACUCAGUCAACAUAUUACACUUCAACAUAUUACACUAACAUAUAUUGUCCAUAGUUUUUUUUUUCUCUGUGUGUUUUGAGACGAGAGCCCGAACAGAUGUGAGCUUUACUGUUCGUAGAUUCUGCAUUCUGGAGGCUCCCGAGGAUACCGUGCUCUGUCGGAGCAAUAGUCGUAAUCCAGAAUCAUAUUUGUAUUCAGCAUAUACGGCGGUCGAUUGCUUCCCAAAAGCUGGAAACUGACCUCAUCAUGGCGACUAGAACGAGAAGUUAACUGCCACAACAAACAAUCAAUCAUUGCUUCAGAGCCCAGUGACUCAAGUCUUUCGCAACUUAACAUCAGGGGAAAUGGAAUGUUUCUUCGGUUGUGUUUGAUCAGUGAAGCUUAAAGUGGCAUAUGGAGACAAAACCUAUAAAAGCCAACGAACUUCCCCGUCUUUUUUUGGCUCUCUUCAAUGCGCAAAAAGGAUAAGAAGUUGCGAGGGCGACACCUAAUUACAGACUUGUCAAUAGACCGACAUUUCCACGUGACCAAAAUGCCAGUUCUUAAUUGUGUGCCUAAUCUUAGUUAAAGAGCGACACGUGGAUGCCACAAAAUGAGCCCAAGCAACGGGCCCAAGAGGGAACAACUUCGGCCAUAAAAUCUCCACUUGGGUUUGUAAUUUAUCACGAUUUUCAGCAACACACCUACUUGCUUACUCUAUACAUGAAUGAAAGUGGAUCGUUAUUAUUGUGA